UUGUGUAACCUAAUGAAGCCGGCUGGAAAACAUUCUUCCAAUCAAUAAAAUGGUGAACACUUCAACAAUAACGCCAACAAAGAGAUGAUUUCCAAAUACUGAUUGCAAACUAUUUAAAUGGGAGUUGUGUGCGUGUACAUGUACCCUGUGCCUGAGGGGAAGAGCGGUCAGCAGGUGGUUGACUCCAUGCAGAGACAGCUGGAGCUCCUUGGAGCUGUAAAAACUGGCAACUUUAACGUGGACUGUGAGACGUAUCUGUCAAAUAAUCCACAAGGAACUCCUCAAAGAAGUCUUCAUCUUCUACACAACAGUGAGCAGCCAGCAUCAUGUUUCUCAGUUCUCGACACCGGUACAACGCUUGUUGCAGAUGUGCUUUUCGAGGUGUUGAUGGCGAAACUGACACAGUCUAAGUCGGGGAAGGACGGGUUUUAUCAGCAGCGAAAAGGAUUUAAGAUUGAAUCAAAGGGGCCUAGAUUUGAGAUCAGUGACUUUGUUAUAAAGAUUGGUUCUGUGUCCAUGGCUUCCAACUUCAAAGGAAUUUUAGUUGAGGUAGAGUACUGUCCUUGUGCAAUUCCAGCCGAAUGUUGGGAUCUAAUGAGGGAAAUGAUGCAGAGCUUUAUGGGAACUGUUGCUGACACACCACCGGCAAUUGUCAAAAGCAAAAAAGACCAGUUUUAUACGCCAGCUGACACUAUUAACCAGUAUCUAGAACAUUUCACAAACUUUAGAAAGGCUACUGUUGCCAGUCAACAACCAAGAUAAUCAAUUAAGCAUUUGGCUUUUUAUUUCAGUGACAGAAUGAUCCAUCACUGUUUAUUAUUCAUUCUGAAUUCAUAUAGUACAUAGUUGUCUCAUUCACAUUGUUGUAAAAGAUCAUAGCUGCAUGUGUACUUAUGUGAGUGAAAUACGGAGGAACAAAUGGAUAAGUCUUACUAAACUGAAGUUCAAUCAUACUGUAAAAAUUAUUAACAAAUCACCAAUACAUUUAAAAGGCAUUGUUGAAGGAUUUUCAUGUAUUUGAAGAAAGUCAUAAAAGAAUUAAAUUAUAGAAUUGCAAUAAUUGGAAUAGUUAUAAAUAAUUAUAACAAAUAAGUAUAACCGCUCAAAAAAUGAAACAUGUUCCUGUACUGAUGACCACAAAGUGGUACUAUCGAAGCAACAGCUAAUGUACUACCAUACACCAUGCAGGCUUUUGUGAUUAUAUGGUAGUAUAAGGGCUAUGUUGGUUAUACACUUGUUUAAUAAAUAACCAAUUAACAGCGUUACAAGCGAAUCAUUACUUUGGAAUAAAGUUUAUCAAUAAAAGACAUAUUAUAAACAUU